AUGGAUAGCAUUAAAUUUAGAGCACCACCAGUGUUAGAUGUUGACACAAUCGACAGUGAACCACCUCCAGAACCGAAGAAACACUUUCGGAAUCUCAAUGAAUACUACAAAUACCGUCAUCAAAAAUACAACGCCUAUCGAGAACAUACACGAAAUGGACUACUUUACAGGUGCCUCUAUAGCUCUCUUUUUUUUAGAAUCUGGCCCAUUGCACAUCCGAAAGAUUCUUAUUACUGUCCAAACAUGCGAGCGAUGUUUGCCUACACUUGUCAACCUAGUAAGCCGCUUAGAGUUGAUCUGGUCGAAUUUUGUAAGGAUUACUCUGCAUUUUGCAAUGUCCCGAACUUCCACCGUCUACCAGGUCCACGUAUCGGACCGCCCAUUGAUGACUCUAUAGGACAUGUCAACGUAAAUUCGAGGUUCGGACUCGGUAUUGGAGCACUGCCCGGAUUUGACGUUGGAGCUGGAUGGGGUGUUGACGUAGGACCCAUUCCUGGAAUGGGCGAAAAUGUCGGCGUCGGCUUAGGCCUUGACCUAGGCAUAGUGGGAGCGAAAUCACCAGAAGCAUUCCGACGUGGGCAGGACAAUCCUAAUGAACGGGGAAGUGGCGUUGUGGGAAUUAGUGGAGGAGUGGGUGUAGACGCACCUGGCGGUGCAAAUGUAGGUGUCCGAUCCGGCCUCGGUGUAGGAGUUGGAUCAGACCUCGGUGCAGGAAAAAUGGCCUAA